AUGGCUUUAGACCAUGGUAUUGCACCAGAUGGAACUCCCCAACCAUACGUAAGUGAUGAACUUGCGUUCGAAACAGAUAAUGAAGCUUUUCCAAGAAAGCCAAGGUCACAGAGAAACGAUGUUAUGGAAUCGUUCUUCACCCUUAGUGAACAGAAUAAGUUCACUCCAAGAUCCAUCCUAAUAGACCUCGAGCCUUCAGUGGUAAACAAGGCAACGUCCAAACUUCCAAUGUUCAAUCCAAGAAACGUUCACCUCAGUGAAACUGGCAGUGGUGCCGCUAAUAAUUGGCAGCAUGGUUACGUGUAUGGAAGAAAUCAUGAGGAUGAAUUAAUGAAUUUGAUAGAUAGAGAGUUGGACAAAUGUGAUAAUCCAUCGGCAUUCCAGCUUAUGCAUAGUGUGGCUGGAGGAACUGGUUCCGGUGUCGGUAGUUUGCUACUUGAGCUUUUAAACGACAGAUAUGGAAGCAAAAAGAUUGUUAGUACAUUCUCGGUUUUCCCAUCUAAUGAUAAAACUUCUGACGUCGUUGUGCAGCCUUACAACACCAUGCUCACCCUCAGGAGACUUAUAGACUUUGGUGAUGCUACUUUCGUUUUCGAUAACGACUCGUUGAAUGCGUUGGGUAAUGCAUUCAUUAGCUCUGGGUUGGAGAGAAACUUAAGCUCAUCUACAGCCUUCGAGAGCGCUAACAAGCUAAUAUCUUAUGUUGCUGCCGGUAUCACAAAUCCGCUAAGGUUCCCCAGCUACAUGUACAGCUCUUAUGAGUCGAUUAUUUCGACGGUUGUUCCAACUCCAGAGCUCAAGUUUCUCCUGUCUUCGAUUGCCCCAUACUCCAAUAUUCCUGAUGUUGUACCUGCUCAGAACUACGUCAGCUUGAAUGAAUAUGACAUCGUUCUUGAACUUCUUAACGACAAGUACAAGCUCAACAGCUAUAAGGAGCCUCUCAAAUACAUCAGCGUUCUUGACUAUGUGAUUGGUAACAAUCUUGACCAAAAGGAGAUCAGAAGAGGCGUCCUCAAAGCUCAACAACGUCUUUCGUUUGUUCCAUGGGCUCCUGGGUCUAUCAACGUUGUCAACGGUAAACAAUCGACCUUCACCAGCCAGCAAGAGAAGCGCUUGAGCGGAAUACAAAUUUCUAAUAACACCUCAAUUGUCCAUCUUUUUGGCAAGACCGUCAGGCAAUACGACUUAUUGGCUAAACGUGCCGCUUACAUCAACUUCUACACAGCAUCAAAUGAUGCUUCCGAAAGACAGGAAGUAUUGGAUGCUUUUGAGGAAUGCAAGGAAACAGUGCGUCAAACUAUUGAGGAGUACAAGACGUGUACCACAGAAAGCUAUCUUGGAGACGAUAUAAUUGAUGAGGAAAUGUCUUAA